AUGGAGGUGGAGGAGGAGGAAAGACGCUCUCUACACGAUCAUGGGGAUCCGUGUGUUCCCGAGAGCUUCUUUGAUCGCGUAACCCUUGCGUUGCACGGCGACCUCGAGCAUGAGCGGGACAGGCCUCUUCAACUGGCGGAAACUGUCUUGAAGCAUCGAGCUGAGUUUGCUUUUGCUCAGCUUAAGAACGAGAGAUCUUUGACAUCUCUGCGUAACGAGCUAAGGGUAGCUCGUGGGAUUGUUGAUCGGUCUCGGGAUGAGAUAACUGCUCUUCAUACCCUUGUUGAUAUCCACCAUCUGGAGCACAAGGCUCUCUGCGAGAUACUUGAGCGCAAGGGCGUUCUUCAUCGGAAGAAGCAGCGUACUGAUGGUACGGCUUAA